AUGCCACCCUCACCUUUCUGGAUCCAAACGGAAGACUGGCAUACAGCAGGCGAGCCCUUCCGGAUCGUAGAGAAACUCCCAGAGGCCUUUCUCCCUGCAUCAUCUACUGUCGCUCAACGCCGUCGCGAUAUCAUCGCAAACUCUCAACACCCUCUGGACCAGCUUCGCCAGUCUCUAUGUCAUGAGCCCCGUGGCCAUGCUGACAUGUACGGCGGAUUUGUUACCCCUCCAGAUGAUUCGGGAGCUGCUUUUGGUGUGCUUUUCUGGCACAAAGACGGUUUCUCUACAGCGUGCGGCCACGGCACAAUUGCGUUGGGAUACUGGGCUGUGGCGAAUGGUCUCGUUAAGACUCCAGAGUCCGGCGAGGCGAAUGUUGAUGUUGUGAUUGACGUUCCAUCGGGCCGUGUUGUGGCUAGUAUGAGAGUCAUCGACGGGAAACCAAUCAGUGCAGACUUCAUCAACGUGGCCAGCUAUCAAUUCUCAAAGUCCAUACCCGUUACGAUACCAUCAAGAGGUAUUGAGGUUUGCGUGGAUCUGGCGUUUAGCGGAGCUGUUUAUGCCACAAUUGAUGCCGAGCAGCUUGGACUUAUGGUUGAGCCUCGCAAUGUCGACGAAUUCAUCAAACUCGGUCGGGAGAUCAAGGCUUCGCUGGGUGAACGGGCUCAUCAUGGCAGCUAUGACUGCUAUGGAAUUAUCUUCUUCAAUGAAGAAGGUGACGGCGCAGAGACAGUCCGUCAAAGAAAUGUGACUGUAUUUGCUGAUGGCCAGAUUGACCGCUCUCCCUGCGGCUCUGGAACCUGUGCUCGACAAGCGAUUUUGUAUGCUCAAGGGAGAUUGGGGCCGGACAAGUGCAAGCUGGCGCACAGAUCCAUUAUUGCGUCUGAAUUCGAGGCGAAUAUAGUUUCAGAAGCGAAAUCACCUAUCGAGGGAUUUCCCGCUUGUAUUCCCAAAGUUAAGGGUGAGGCGAGGCUUUGUGGGAGGAUGAGCUUCUAUAUCGAUCCGGCUGAGCCCAUCUUCCCAGGCUUCUUGUUACGCUAG